AUGUUUGUCGCUAGGCAACAUGCACGGUCGACUCUUGUGCGGCCGUUCCGGCGCACGACGGCACCCAUCAAACCCCAACUACGCUGCCUCGCCUCAAGACGACUCGUGAAUGAUCAGCUCAAAGCAGGUAAUGAAUUAGCACAGAAGCUCAAGGACACGGGGAUUUGGACCCCUACAUCUCAGGGAAAGAAGAGUACACUUGGUGAUAGACAUCGCGUUAGUAUCGUUAGCCAAGACCUUUGUGACGAUGUCGCCAAUUAUAUCGGUCCUUCCCUCGAACGCCAUCGCGGUUGCGAUCUUGUCGAUAUAAACCCCGGCGCCGGCGUCUGGAGCAAGACUCUCCACGAACUCGUCCAGCCUCGAAAACACAUCCUUAUGGAACCAGAUAUCGCAGCCUACAAGCCCUUCCUCGGCGAUUUCCUAGACAAACCAAACGUCGAAGUCGUACCCAAGGCAGGUAUCCUCUGGAAAGAACUUCAAGAAGUUCUCGGAAGCGUCGUCAAACAAAAAAUCCGCGAUCCUGCCGCCGAACCAGAACGCAACGAUACAUUACUCGUCAGCAUCAACCUAUGUUACUGCCCACCUAAGAAGUACCAGAUGUUCGAAUGCGUUAGUACAAUGGUUCUAUACCAGCUCAUGUCCAGUAUCCGCACCGCCUCGCUCUUCCAACAAUACGGUCUUGUGCGCAUGCUCAUCUGGAUCUCCGACGACGGCAAGCGCAGACUCCUCCCACGAAGCGCAAUCCGUCGCAAACGCAGCGCUUUCGAAGCCGAACUCGCCCUCGAAUGGCUCCACGAAAUCGCAGGCCAUGACACCGAGGUUGAAGACCGUUUCGAACUCCGCGAUGAGUGGAUCAACAUGGAAUCCGGAUAUCGCACGCUCGAUCGCAUGAAGAAAGCUGGCCUUACCAUGCCCUCUGGCCGUGAAACAGCCGUCUACAAGAACCUCACCGAAAACCGUGAGUACGCAGGUCGACCUCUCGCGGGUGUUGAGCGCCCAAUUCAUAGCCGACCUUUCCGCCAAGAGCUCGCAAAUGCCGAGGAACUCUUUGCAAGCUCUAGGAAAGAGUCGCCAUCCGAGCGUCUCAAAGCGUUGCGCUUCCGUCAAAAGUACGACCUCGCGGACUCAGCACUCUACCUCGAACUUUUGCAAGAGCGCGAUCGCAUCAUGAAGAUGGGCUCUAAAUCCCCGUCUAAGCUCGCCGCCGCCGAAAAGGCUUUCGAUCAGCGUCUCGAUAACAUCAAGAAGAACACACGGAAAGAAUGGGCAAUGGUUCGUGAUAACUACCAGCUUUGGAAACAAGAAGAACCCACUCUGUUCUGGGAUCGUCGCCCCUUCGAACCGCUCGCCACGCGCCCCGAGGAAUUCUUCCCCAGAAUGCCCGGCGCUCUUCUCGAUCUCCAACCCAAAGCCAUGAACCCAUACAUUCGCCAGCACGGCCCUACUGCCCGCAACGGCACCAUAUCAGAUACCAUGCUGCGCUACUGGUGGCAGCACAUGCUUCUCCCCGUCCCCGCUGCGAUGGACGGUCUGUGGCCUGGUUUCGGUGACCAAGCAGCUGGUGUGGCUUCCAUCUACGACCCAGCGCAGGGAGGCUCACCCCUAACGAAGCACGGAGCGUUGGCCGCAAGAUGCGUCACAGAGCAGCACUGGGCGGAUAUUAUCAAGGCUUGGCUCGAAUGGCCCUUUGCUCCCAGCUACACAACUCUUGUAGGACGUUUAAUGGACGAGUACGACUUUGCCGCCGUUCCCACGGAAGAGGAUGAUGCAACCAAAUCUGGCGCAAUGGGGGAGUCAAUUGCAUAA